AUGAAUUUAGAUACAAAUUCUAUUGUUAAAAAUAAAAAAAUGAUUAAGAAUUGUAGCAUAUUUGAAAAGAAUUACCAUUUUAUGAUUAAAGAAUAUGAAAAUGUAUCUAAUAUAAAAAUAAAAAAUAAUAUUGCUAAUAUCAGAAUAAUCAAAAACUUAUUAAUUUUAAAUAACUUAAUAGAUAAAGUGAAAAAGCAAUUUUUACUAAAGGUAUUUGAAAAUUUAGAUAGUAUUCUAAUCUUAAUACUAAAAAAAAAUAAUUCUAAUUUUAUUUUAAAAUUAUUAUCUAUUUUUUACAUAAAACUAUGGAAAUGUGCAAAUUAUAACAUUAAUGAUCAUUACAAUAAUAUAUUUGAAAUAAUCUCAAAUAAAAACUUAAGUAAUAGUUCUAUUGAAGUGAAAGAUUUACAUGAAAAUCUUUUUAAAAAUGCAAUUCUUUUAGCAUCAUUAAUUUUAUCUAAUAUACAUUCAAAAAUUACUUCUCAUAUGUCUACUAUAAUUGAUUAUUCAAAAAAAAUAAAUAAAUGCGAAAAUUUAGAAUUGAAAUAUUUUUAUUUUAUAUGCUUAAAUAAAAUAAUAAAAUUUUUAAAUAUAAGAAAUUCAACAGACUAUGAAAGAAUAUAUAAAAUUUUGAAAAAAACUGUUAAUGAGAAGGAAGAAAUAAUAAAAUAUUUAUCUAUUAAAUGUCUAACAAAUUUUUUUAUCCUAAAACCAGAAUAUUCUCUUUUGGAAUAUGAUUUUUUCAUAAAUUAUGUAAAUGAUAACUUAAGUUUAAAUAAUAAUUUUAGCUUAGUUAAUCUUAAGUAUAUUAUUAAUUUUAUAAGUGUUAUAUUUUGUAAUUGUUCAAAUUUAAAAUAUAGUAAAAAGAAUGAUUAUAUAGUUAAAAAGAAUACAAAAGAAAGCACACAUUCAUCAUCAUCAGAAGUAAAAAGGAAAUCAUAUUCUGAAAAAAAAAAUGUAAGUUACAUUAAGGAAAAUAAAAAAAUUGAAGAAAAAAAAAAAAAUUUUUUUUCUGAUUUUUUAAAAAUAGCAACUGAAGAGAUUGUCUCAAAGAUUAGUAAAAUAAAACUACAAGAAAAUAUUGUCGAAAAUUACAUUAAAACGGAAAACGUUGAAGGGUUUUUAUUUUAUAAUAAUAACGAAUUUAAUAAACAAAUAUUAAGAAAAAAAAAAAAAAUUCUGCUGUUUUAUAAUUUUAAUUCUUUUCUAAAUUAUUUUAAGAAUAUAAUAUUAAACAUAUUCUCAGAUAUUAAUCACAACUAUACUGAUUUAAAAGAUAUGUAUUUCUUGAAAAAUUUAGAAAAAUACAAUUAUUAUAAAGAAAAAUUUUUUUUUGAAAAAUAUUUCUUUGUAUAUUUAAAUAGAAAAAGUCAUAAGAAAUAUGAAUUUUUUAAAGGAAUAAAAGACCAAAACGGUUUUAAUUUUUUAUUAAGUACAGAUUAUAAAUUAAUGAAAGAAAAAAAAAAAAAUUAUGAUGAAAUAAAUAUGUCUAUAGAAGAAAAUUUUUUUUUUAAAAUAUAUAAUUCAUUUGUUCAUAAUACUUUAUUAAAAAUUAUUUUUUUUGAAUCAUUUAAAAAUUUAUUAUUCUUUUCAAAAAAAUUUACAGAAAAAUCAAUAAUAAAAGUAAUAAAAUUUUUUGUAAAUUUGUUAGAAGUUUUGAGUUCUAAUUGUGCGAAAAAGAAAAGUUUAAAAACUAGUUUAUAUACUAAUAAUAUUUCAAAUAGCUUUGAAAUAAAAUAUUGCAUAUUUUACUUUAUAAGUAUUAUAAAAGAAUUAAUUAAACAAAGAAAAAAAGAUACUUACACAAUAAUUAAAGAGAAAAAAAAUAAAUCAAAAGAAAAUGAAAAAAAUAGAUUUAACAAGAACGAAAGUACUGAUGAUUAUGAAGAAAAUAGUCAGUAUUAUGAGGAAAGUGAAGAAAAUAUUUUUAGUAAAAAUAAUAAUUCUUGCAAUAAUAAAAAUCAAUAUGGAUUCAAUAAAAAAGAAAAAUGUGCAUUAAAUGAAAAGAAUGAAUUUAAAAAAAAUCAUAAUUCCAGAGAUUUUAAUUAUAACAAUACAAAAAAUAUACAGGAAAUCACUAAUCAAAAUAAAGAAAGUAAAGAAAAAGAAGUUGAAAGGUUGAACGAUAAUGAAAAGGAAAUAAAACAAAUGAUAAAAAAAGAAAAUCUAAAUAAUUCUUCACUAAAUGUUGAUAUCAAAAGAUUCCACUCAAUAAAUGAAAAUAAAAAUGAAAUGGGACAAAUAAAAAGAAAAAAUAGUAAUAAUUUCAAAAAAAUAAAAAUUGUAAACUACUUAGAAAAUGAAAUUAAAAACUACUUAAUCCUAAACAAUAAUACGAACUUAGAUGUCAAUGAAAAAAAAAAAAAUGAUAUUAUUUUAAAAGCAUUAAUAAGUUUAUAUAACAAAACAAUAAUAAAUAAUAAUAUAAAAAAAGAAAAAUAUGAAAGAUAUGAAAAAUUCUUAAAAAUUAUAAUAAAUAACAUGAAUGGUAUGUAUGUAGAUAUUGAAUUAGUGAAGAAUGUUAUAAAUUUAUUUUUGAAAAUUUUUUUAAGAUUUCCUUUUUAUAUAUAUAAUUUAAUAACAUUAUUAGUAAAUUAUAUAACCAUAAUCAAUGCCAACUUUAUGACUUCUUUAACAUUAAAUACAUUUGAUAAUAUAGAAAAACAAGUAAGUAUAUUGAUAAUUAGCUCAAUUUCAUUGAAACAAAUAUUAUAUUACUCUUCCAGUUAUUAUAAGAUAUAUCACUUAAGCAAUUUAAUAUUUUGUAUUUUUGAUAUAUGCAAAUUGUUUCUAUCAAAAGUGCAAAUUCAUCCAUUAAAAACAAUUAAUGAGUUAAGAAGAAUUAUUUCUUUUGUAUUAAUUCAUUCUAUCCUUUAUUCUAUUAUUUUAGAAAUAAAAAAUAAUAAGUGUUAUAGUUUGAAUGAUCCAGAUGAUCUUGAAACAACUGAAAAAAACGUUGUUUCUUCUAAUAAUUUGAACUUUGACAACUUGAAGAAAUACUAUAACAACUAUGAGUUAUUAUACAAUAACACCCUUUUAAAACUACUAAAAGAUAUACUAAAAGAAAUGAUAAAUGAAAUUGAGGAAGAAAAAAUACAAUGUCUUAUUUAUUCAUAUGAAGAACAAAUGAGUAAGAAAAAAAUGAAUUCUUUAAAUAUAUUCAUUGUAGAUAAUUUAUUUAUUUUAGUUUACAUACUGAAGAACAUUCAUAUUAUUUUAUCAUCUGAUUUGCUGACGUUUCUUUUUUUUGAUUGUAUUUAUGAAAUUGUGAAUAUUUUAUUUAAUUUUUUCUGUAAAUUAAAUGAAAUAAACUCCAAAUAUAAUAAGGAAAAUAAUGAAGAAAGAAGAAAUAAUAUAAACGACGAUAAAGAAAAAGAAAUAAAAAAUAAUACAAACGAUAAAGAAAAAGAAAAAGAAAAUUUCAUAAAUAGUUAUUCAAAAAAGGAAAACAAAUAUUUCUACUUUUAUGAAUAUGGUUUUACUCAAAUAUGUAGGCUAAUAAACAUUGAUAAUAUAUUACUAGUUUUUUUUAUAUAUUUAUUGAAAAUAUUUUCUAAAAUUAGGAACUUUAUAAAAUUGAAGUUAAAAAAAGGAAAAAAAAACAAAAAUAGUUACUGUAUUGACUAUACUAAUAAUUACAGUAUUAAUAAUGAAAUUAAAAAUGAUGAAUCUAAUAAUAAUAAUCAUAAUAAUAAAAUAAAUAAGGAUUAUAAAAUUUUACUAAAAAAUGAAGAAAAUAAAAAGCUACGUAUGAUAUUUGAGUCAUUACUCAAUAUAAAGAAAAAUGAAAAAGUUUAUUUUGAAUUUUUUUUAAAUUCAUUAAUUAAUUUCGUAAAAAAUAAAAAUGAUUUUUACAUUUUAGUUUUAAAUACUAUAAUAAAAGAAAAAGUCAUCUCUAAGAUAAAAGAUAAAUACAGCGUAAAUAGAAAUAAAAAGAAAAGAUAUAUCUUUGAAUAUAUUAAUGAACUAGAUAUAUUAAAUAUUUUAACAAAUAACUAUGAAAAAUAUUACGAAUUAACUCUGAUAAACUUUUUAGACCUGUUUGAAUUAUAUUUAGAAAAAAAAGUAUAUUAUAAUAAAAUAAUAAAAAAUAUUAAUAUAUGUAUUUUAAAUAUAGAUCAAAAUAAAAAUGAAUUAAUAAUGUACUUACUAAUAUUAAAAAAAUUUUUGAAGAAAAUUUUUUAUAAGAAAAAAAAAGAAAAGUUAUUUAAAAAUGUUCUACCUUUAUUUGAUUUAUUAAAUGAUAAUUUUAAUAUUAAUUAUUUCCUAAUUUACUUUUUAAUUAUUAAGAUACUAACUCUUUUCAUCAGUAAUAAUGAAAAUGUGUACUCGUUUAUCUUUACUUAUACAAUGAAAUUAUAUGAAAAAUAUUCAGCACAAAUAAAUAAUGAAAGUGGUUUAUGUUUUCUGUUUUCUAUUUUAAUAAAAAAUUUGUUUAUAUCAUAUUCUAAAAUAGAUAGCAUAAAUUUAAAAAGGAAAAAAAUCAGAAAUUUAAAUUCAAAUGAGACAUUAAAUUUUUCAUUAUAUUUAAGUAAUCUUAAUAAAAAUUCGACAUAUUUGUCUUCAUUUGGCGGUAAAUUGAAUAAACUUGUAAAGACUUUUUCAUUUAAACAAAAGAGUCUUAACUAUAUUUUUUUUAGUAAUAAUAUUCGUUCUUCAAAUAAUUCAAAAUUUUUUAAGUUACAACAAAUCUCAAAUAGUUUAGAAAAAAAACAAGGAAAACAUAAAAAUAAUAGGAGUUUUAAUCAUUCUAAUAAUAAUGAUACUGAAAUAAAAGAAAAUAAAAUUGUGAAUAAAAAGAAAAUGAAAUAUAAAAAAGAAGAUAACAAAAAUUCGGAAAAAAAUGAAAAGGAUGGCAUUAAAACUUAUUCUUAUAUAGAAGUUAACUUAAAGGAAAAAAAUAAAAAAAAAGAAAAUUUACUUGAAUUUUUUGAUAUUUAUCUAGAUAUGUUAAAGAUAAUUCCUCAUAAUAACAUAUUUAUACAAGUUUUAAAAAAUUUCAUUUUUGUAAUAAAAAGAAUAAAUACUUUUAUUGAUUUAUGUAGAAUAGAAAACUGCUUGGAAAUUAUUUUAGCAUAUAUAUUAAAAAAUGAAAAUGUUAAUGUAUUUAACUUUAAAAUUGAAAAAGGGAAAUAUGUUAUAAAAUUGUAUAAUAAAUUGCUUCAGAUUUUGAAAAAGAAGAAAAAAGAAGAAAAAAACAAGAAAAAGAAAAAAACAUGUGAAGUAGAAAAUAAAAUACUUUUUAUCUUUGAAAUAUUACUAAACUCUUUUGAAAAGAAAAUAAAUAAUAAUUUAUUUAAAACGAUUAAUCUUUUAUUUGGUGUGAUCAAAAUGAAUAAAUUAAAAAAAUAUAUAUAUAUAAUAUCUGUGAUGAUACAAAAAAAUAUUUUCUUUUAUGAUAAUAUGAAGGUGUUAAAAGAAGCGAUAAAAUGUGCAUAUAAUCUUUUAAAAAAAAAAAUUCCUAUACCAUUACAUGAAAAUUUUGAUUAUUAUAUUUUAGUCAUUUAUAAUUUUGUUAAUACAAAAAAAUUAGAUGAACAUUUUAUAAAGUUAUUAAAAUUAAGGAUAGCCGUUUAUUCUUUAUAUAAUGUGAAUCAGUGGGUUAAACUUUUUGAGCAUAUACUGAAUAUAAAAAAUGCGUUCAUAUAUGAUGUUAUAAAAAAUAAUUCAAAAGACAAACUUUCUAAAUAUGGUUGUAAAAAUGAUAGUAGCUCUUAUGAAGAAAAUUAUAUGAAAGAAAAUAACCUAUUAAAAAAUGAUAGGUCAUUAAGUGAAAAGGAAAGUUCUUUUUUUUAUACUUCAUUAUUUAUUGAGAAUUUUUGUUUUAAUUCUCAUAUAAAUUUAAAAGAAGAAAAUUUCUCGAACUCUUUCAUGAGAAACUAUAAAUCAAAGUAUUUUUUUAACGUUUUUAAAACAAGAAAAAGUGAUUUUACCUUUUCAGUAAAUACUAAAUAUUUAGUUAUGAAAUUAUUAUUGUAUUUUUUAAAAAGAAUAAGUGCUUCAUUUUUAAUUUAUAUUCAUAAUGAUUCUUAUUAUGUAAAUUAUUCAAAGAAACUUUUAAAAGAAGCUAUUUUAAAAAAAGAAAAAAAUAAUAAUGAAAAACAAGAUUUCUUAGAGGAUAAUGUAGUAAACAAAGGAAAACAUAUAGAAAUGAAAAAAAAAAAAAAGUUAUCAAAUUGCAAUAAAGUGAAGAAUAAAAAAAUGAGUAAUAGCAAUAAUUAUUGUAAAAUUAAUGAAAAAAACAACCAUCAUAUUAAGGAGAGCAACAAUGAUUAUAAUAGUUACACAUUAAAUGGUAAGCAUUCUGAUAAUGAUAAUUAUGAAAAUAAAAACAAACAUAGUGAUGCUAAUGGAGAAAUGUUAAAAAAAAUUAAUUUUAUUGAAAAUAUGUUGAAUCAAAGAAAAAAUACUGAUGAUACAGUAGUAAAUGAAACAAGCUUUAAUAAUAUAAACUUAGAAAAUAUUAUUGAAAAUUUUUCUUUAUACCAUAAUUUUGAAUGUUUAUUAAAAGUUAUUUUAAACAAUGUUAAUAAUGGUGUAAAGUAUUAUAAAUUAUCAAAUAUAGCUAUAAAAGUAUUAGUUGUUUACUUAAAUAUUUUUAAGUUUUCUAAAAUUAUAAUUGAUGAAUAUUCCGACAACAAUGAAAUUAAAUUACUCAAGAAUUAUGAAAUAAAUAUUUUUACUUCACUAAAAAUAUAUUAUGAAUCAUUUAAAUUUAUGAAUUUAAAUUAUGAAAAUGAUAAUACAAAUAGAGAUAACUCUAAGAAUAGAAAUAUAAGUAAUAACGACUUACAAUUUUCUCAUUUCUUCUUAUAUCCUCUUAUGAAUAUAUAUAAUUUAUUUUUAUUUUUAAAUGAUAUAAAAUUAUGUAAUUCUCAUAAUAAAUUUGUAGAGUAUUUUUUUUAUUUUGCAAUAAAAGAAAAUAAUAAUAAAAAACAAUCCUUUGAAUUCAAUAACUUGCCAAAAAAACAAAUAAAUAGUAAUAACAAAAGAAAAGAGAAGAAAUAUCCUCUUAAUUCUUCCUUAUUUUUCUCAGAAUGCGAUUCAAGUACAUAUUUUCUUUUUACUUAUAAGUCUUUCUGUUGUUAUAUAAUAAAUAAUGCCAAAGUUCUAAAUGAUUUAUCAAUAUUUAAUAUUAAAUCAGUUGUAAAAAACGUUAAUUAUAUUAUAUUUGAUACGAUCAUUUUAUAUAUUUGGAGUUUUCAUGAUAAUCAUAAUGAAGAAAUAAAUAAAAUUGUUCAUAAAUUUUUUACAUGUAUGAAUGAAAAAGCAAGAUGUUUAUCUAUUUUUUAUUUUUCUUCUUUUCCUAUUUUUAUUGAAUUCUUAAAUAUUAUAAAAAAUAGCAUUAUUUUAAAUAAAAAAAAUUACUUAUUUCUAAAAAUAUUUAUUUACUUCAUAUGCUAUCAUUUAAAAGAAUAUAGCAGGAUAUUAAAACAAGAAACAAAAGAAAUAUAUUUUAUAUUCAUUCUUAAUUAUUUAACUUUGAUAGAAUUUACAGAGGAGUUCCUUGAUAAUACAAAAGAACUUUUCUUAGAAGAAAAGGAAAUAAUAAUAAAAAAAGAGCAUGGGGACUAUAUAAAUCCGAAUUAUCAAAAUUAUAGUAAUACUGAUUAUAAUAAUAUUAAUAAAAAUAUUGAUGGUAAUAAUACUGAUAACAAUAGUGAUAAUAAUAAUAUAGAUAGUAAUAAUAAUAAUAAUAAUAAUAUAGAUAGUAAUAAUAAUAAUAAUAAUAAUAAUAAUAAUAAUAAUAAUAAUAAUAAUAAUAAUAAUAAUAAUAAUAAUAAUAAUAAUAAUAAUAUAGAUAGUAAUAAUAAUAAUAAUAAUAAUAAUAAUAUAGAUAGUAAUAAUAAUAAUAAUAAUAUAGAUAGUAAUAAAAAUAUGUAUGCUAAAAAUAAAAGAAUGGUAAGCACCUUUUUUAAUAUAAUUUUUGAUUACAUUUUAAAAUAUUUAGUAGUUUUUAUAAAUGAAAAUAAUUUAUCAAGUGUUUUAAAUUUAAUAGAAAAGUUACAUAAUGAAAUAAUUAAAAUAAAAAAUAAGGAAAUUGAUAUGUCUACUUUACGUAAAUUAUACACUUUAAAUAUCUUCGUAAUUAAUAAUUUUUUAAAUGAAAAUCAUAAUUAUGAAAAGGAGCAAGAAAUCAUAAAUAUUUGGAAUUCUUUUUUAAAUUCUUACAUUAUUUUAGAAAAAGUAAAUGAUUUAGAAUUAAAAGGAAAUAUAAAAUUAUUAUUACAACAUUUGUUUUUGCAAAAAAUGAAUUUAUUAAAAAAGGAAAAAUUAUCAAGUACAUUAUUAAAAUAUUUUUUUCAGAAUUCUUCUAUAAAUGAUAUAAAUAACUAUUUAAUAAAAAUGAAAAGUUAUGAGGAAGAAAUUAUAAAUAUAAUAAAUGAAAAAAAUUUACAUAAAUUGAAAAUAUUUUACAUAAAAAUAAUUGUUUUUAUUCAUUUUAUUAAUACUUGUGAUAUAUUAAGUGAAAAAAGUAAAUUGUAUUAUAGUCAAAAAAUUAUACAAGUAUUUAUAAAUUUCUCAAAUAAAAUGAAAAUAUUAUAUUUUUACUUUAAUAAUGAUAGUAGAGACUGUAAUAACAUAAAAAAGCAAAUAAUUAUUUCUUCUAUAAAUAUUAUUCAAAAUAUGUUUUCUAUAAUUAAAAAUAAAGAACAGUCACUUGUUUUUUAUUUUAUUUGUAAUUUGAUAAAAAAUAACAUUUUGCCUAUAAUAAUAACUAAUUUUUCAGUAGAUAAUAUACAAUAUCAUGAAUUAAUACCUUCUAAUUCUUAUAUGGAAGAAAUAGUUUGUUAUUCUAUAAAAAUUUUAAAUGCAUUUUUUGAUAUAUUUAUUAAUAAUAAUGUAUUAAUAAAAAAAAUAUUAUUCCCUUUUAUAACUUUUAUUUACAAAAUUGUAACUUUAUGUGAAAACAAUAAUAUAAAAAUAACAAAAAGUUUUUUGGUUUAUCAAAUAGAUCAGGCAAAAACAAAUGAUUCUUUUGAUUUCCGAAAUGAAAGUAUAUAUUUGCAUAAUAACUUUAUUAAUACUAAUUCAGUUAAUAUUAAUUGUAUGACAAUAUAUUUCAAAGAGGUAAUUCAAAUUUUUAAAAAUAUUGCCUUUAAGAAUUCAUCACUAUUUAAACAGAUCAUUAACGAAAUAAAUGCUGAAGAAAAGUUGUUGAUAUAUAAUUUAAUGAAAGAAUUAAUUAAUAUAGAUAAAAUUAUUGAAACAAAAAAUAAGAAAAAUGAUGAAAAAUUAGAUUUUACCUUUUUAAAUUGA